CGCUCGAAGAGAGGCGGGGACACCAGCCCGGGCGAAAGACAGGACGGUGGCCGAGAGGGCCCGGGAAGGCGGACGGUGGCCGACGAGGUCGGACAUGGAUCAUCUGGAGCGCUGCGCGUGGUUCCUCAGGGGUACGCUGGUGCGGGCUGCCGUGCGGCGCUACUUGCCCUGGACGCUGGUGACGUUCAUGAUAGGGGGCUCCCUCCUCAAGGAGCUCUCUCCGCUGCCCGAGAGCUACCUCAGCAACAAGCGCAACGUCCUCAACGUGUAUUUCGUCAAAGUGGCCUGGGCCUGGACCUUCUGCCUCCUCCUGCCUUUCAUUGCCCUCACCACCUACCACCUGACAGGCAAGACUGGGCUGGUCCUGCGGAGGCUGAGCACGCUGCUGGUGGGUACGGCCGUCUGGUACGUGUGUACCACCCUCUUCUCCAGCAUUGAGCACUACACGGGCCGCUGCUACCACUCGCCGGCCCUGGACGGGCUCAGGCAGGAGCACCGGAGCAAGCAGCAGUGCCACGGGGAAGGCGGCUUUUGGCACGGCUUUGACAUCUCAGGCCACUCCUUCCUGCUGACCUACUGUGCCCUCAUGAUUGUGGAGGAGAUGGCCGUACUGCAUGAGGUGAAAACGGACCGCAGCCACCACCUCCACACCACCAUCACUUCCCUGGUCAUCGGCCUGGGCACCCUGACCUUCAUCUGGGUGUUGAUGUUCCUGUGCACGGCCGUUUAUUUUCACAACUUGUCCCAGAAAGUGUUUGGCACCCUGUUCGGUCUGCUGGGCUGGUAUGGGACAUACGGGUUUUGGUAUCAGAAACCCUUUUCCCCAGGACUUCCUCCCCAGAGCUCUAGUUUGAAUUUGAAACAAGACAGUUACAAGAAAUAAAAGGUAACGAAAAGGGUGGCAGCGGGACAACGACUAAUAUAUUUUUCAUUUAUUUGUCUUAG